CUCUGGGCUUUCUCUCCUUUGGGGCCAAAGCCAGAGAAAGCACAGCCAGUUGCAUAAUCCUUCUAUUUGCUCAGAUCUACGUUUUGUCCUGAAGCUCCCUGCCCUGGGAGGUGAUUGAGGAAGGCACUCAGCAAGGACUGGGCAGGGCAGGGAGUCAGCAGGCGAGCACGGGGCGUGCUGGGUUUUCAGCCUUUUCUCCACCGCUGCUGUCCAGGAGGAUGGAGGCCCUCAAUGAGUCUGCCCAGUUCAACUUCUCCCUGCCGCACAACUUCGGCAAGCGGCCCACCGACUGGGCGCUGAGCGUCAUCCUGGUGAUCAUACUGUUAACCAUCAUGCUCUCGCUGGGCUGCACCAUGGAGUUCAGCAAGAUCAAGGUGCACUUCUGGAAGCCUAAGGGGCUGGCCAUCGCCCUGGUGGCACAGUAUGGCAUCAUGCCCCUCACUGCCUUUGCACUGGGCAAGGUCUUCCAGCUGAACAACGUCGAGGCACUGGCCAUCCUGAUCUGCGGCUGCUCGCCGGGGGGGACCCUCUCCAACGUCUUCACUCUGGCCAUGAAAGGGGACAUGAACCUCAGCAUCGUGAUGACCACCUGCUCUACCUUCUUUGCCCUGGGCAUGAUGCCCCUCCUCCUGUACAUUUACUCCAGGGGCAUCUAUGAUGGGACCCUGAAGGACAAGGUGCCCUAUGGCAACAUCAUGAUAUCACUGAUCCUGAUUCUCAUUCCUUGCACCAUAGGCAUCAUCCUCAAAUCCAAACGGCCACAAUACGUACCUUAUGUCACCAAGGGAGGGAUGAUCCUCCUGCUUUUGUGCAGCGUGGCUGUCGUAGUGCUCUCUGUCCUCAACGUGGGCAAGAGCAUUUUGUUUGUCAUGACACCACACUUGCUGGCCACCUCCUCCCUGAUGCCUUUCAUCGGCUUCCUGCUAGGCUACGUUCUCUCUGCUCUGUUCCGCCUCAACAGACGGUGCAGACGCACUGUCAGCAUGGAGACUGGAUGCCAAAAUAUUCAACUCUGCUCCACCAUCCUCAACGUGACCUUCCCCCCUGAAGUUAUUGGACCACUUUUCUUCUUUCCUCUCCUCUAUAUGAUUUUCCAGCUUGGAGAAGGGCUUCUCCUCAUUGCCAUCUUUCGGUGCUAUGAGAAAAUCAAGCCUUCCAAGCAUGAAACAAAAAUGAUCUACAAAGCUGACACAACUGAAGAAACCAUUCCAACAGCUCUGGGAAAUGGCACCCACAGAGGGGAGGCGUGCCCCCCUUGCACAGCCUAGCCUUCCCCAGUGACCUGGAUUCUGGUCAGAAGGCAAUUCAGAAAGCCAACGUGGCAAACUAUACAGA